AUGGACGUGAUCCCUUCGACUACCCCGGAGGAGGCCGUGCGCAACUCCGCGAAGAGAACCGCUGAGUUAUUCGGCGCUGAAUAUCUCAUGGUUACGCCUUCCGUCGCGAACGGAUCGAUUGGCGUUUCCUACCGACGAAAAACAGAAUAUGAAGACGUGAAGGAGCUCCCGCCCGCUCUCGCCGAAAAACAAGCACAAGCAGCCGCUGCGCGCUCGAAACGACCUAAGAUCAGUGCGAAACCACAGGGUGAGGGCGGCGGUGAUAAAAGUGGCGCGUCUACGGCUCUUGUACGGAGAGGAGGCCGCGGGCCGUCUGCGGGCGGUGCUGCCGGAGAAGAUAAGCCCACGAGUUUGAUACAGAGGCCGUCAGCUACUCGGCAACAACCGCCUGAGUGGCAUGCACCAUGGAAGUUGAUGAGAGUUAUCUCGGGACAUCUGGGUUGGGUGCGGGCUUUGGCCGUGGAACCGAAUAACGAAUGGUUUGCUAGUGGUGCUGGUGAUCGGACGAUUAAGAUUUGGAACCUGGCGACUGGUGCAUUGCGGUUGACUCUUACGGGACAUAUUUCGACUGUUCGUGGAUUGGCUGUGUCGCCGCGACACCCGUAUCUCUUCUCGUGCGGUGAGGAUAAGAUGGUCAAAUGCUGGGAUUUGGAAACGAACAAGGUAAUUCGCCAUUACCACGGUCAUCUCAGUGGUGUCUACACACUUGCCCUCCAUCCACGACUUGAUCUGUUAGUCACUGGUGGUCGAGACGGUGUCGCGCGUGUUUGGGAUAUGAGAACUCGAAGCAACGUCCACGUCCUAUCUGGUCACACCGGCACAGUCGCAGAUCUAGAAUGCCAGGAAGCCGACCCCCAAGUCAUAACCGGAUCUCUAGACUCAACCGUCCGCCUUUGGGAUCUCGCGGCCGGCAAAUCCAUGGGUGUCCUCACGCACCAUAAAAAAGGUGUCCGAGCCUUAGCAACCCACCCCCGAGAGUUUACUUUCGCAUCAGCUAGCACCGGAGCCAUCAAACAAUGGAAAUGCCCUGGUGGUGAAUUCAUGCAGAACUUCGAGGGUCAGAACUCCGUCAUUAACACACUUUCCGUCAACGAAGACAACGUCCUUUUCUCUGGUGGAGACAACGGCUCCAUGUCCUUCUGGGACUGGAAGACCGGCUACCGCUUCCAGAACAUCGAAACAACUGCCCAACCGGGUUCACUGGAGGCCGAAGCUGGUAUCAUGGCUUCUACAUUCGAUCGAACCGGACUGCGUCUGAUCACUGGUGAGGCGGACAAGACGAUCAAGGUCUGGAAGCAGGAUGAUGAGGCUACUCCAGAAACCCACCCUGUGACAUGGGCUCCGACGCUGGGGCGACAGAGGUAUUAG